AUGCUUACAAGAAAAUCCAGAAAUAUAUGUCCAAAUAUUGAAGAAGAUCUUCGAGCAAUUUGCAAUGCUAGCAAAAAUACAAACUUUGGCUACAUUAAGGUGAUCUGUGAAAAAGCUUUACUUAGUUUUCGUCACUAUCACGAUCUAAUACGUAAUAUGCCUUAUAAUGAAAUUAGCUGUAUCAGAUUUCCUGCAACAGAUGUUUGUUCAGCAUGUAGAGAAGCUAUUGUAACAUCAACUAAAUAUUCAGAUGGAUUAAUUUUAGCUAUUCUUGGUAUGAAUUGUUUACAAAAGAUCUUAGUUCCAGGUAUUAUUGAUACAUCUCAUGCUAUAACAAUUUUAGCAGUUUUAAAUGAAGUUUCCAUGACAGCUUGUUUUACAUCAAAUUUCAAAAUAACGGCACCACGUUCUUCCACAUAUAUUUCAGGUACACAAAAUUCGUCUUCAUCUAAAUUAGUAAGUAAUCCAAUAAAUAUAUCAUCAGGAUUAUCUUCUAGUGUGAAUAAUGAAAAAGAGCAUAUUUUAUUAAAAGUUAUUCAAAUUGCAUUAUUAUUUUUAACUCCAGGAGUCACAGAAUACAAUGAAUCUAUUAUAUCUUUAUUAAUUAGUACAAUAGCAAAUUUAUGUUGUAUUAAAGAUUAUCCACAAGUUAAACAAAUGUCUAAUAUUGGUAUUCGCCAACUAGUAAAUUUUUCACUAGAAUUUUUAAGAUAUAGCGAAAUAUCAGGAAGGCUAGAAAUGACAAGUAGUACAAGUGAUUUGAACAAUACAGAUUUGGAAAAUAGAGAUCUUUGCAAUAAUGAACUAGUCUCCAAAAUUGAGAAUUCUGAACAGGCGAUAGUAUCAUUACUGUUACUAAAAGAUUUAGCUGUAAUGAUUGAUCCAACUUUUGCAGAAUAUUCUGAAAUAAACAGUAAUUCUAGAUUAUCAAAACUUUCAAUGACAAAUUUUAAUAAGAAAAACCAAAAAUUGAAUACUAAUACUAAUUCUUAUAAGACUUAUGAAGCUCAGUUAAAUGAAAUUACUCCACUAUCCUUACUAAAAGGAGUUACAAUACCAUCUGAUUUGUGCCUAGAUAUUUGGCAUGAUAUUUUGGAUGUUCAUAAAACAUCCCAUUUAAUUAAUAAUAAUGACUUUGCAAAUUUAGUGGCUAAUGUAUUAUUCCCAACUCUUACAAAGUGCAUCAUUAAGAGAUGUAAAAUUUUAGAUAAAUCUUUAUCUCAAAAUUUACUCGAAUUUGUCACAUUUGCAAGAUAUUUGAGACUUCUUAUUCGGUUACUAAACUUUCAGGUUAAAGGUCCUUUUGUAGAUGAUUGUAUCUUUAAAUGUCUGGAAUGUCUAUCAAAUACCAUAGAUAUUCAAAAUUUUAAAAAUAUUCCUAGUUGGGCCCUUCAAUGUAUUUUAGAAAUGUUCAGUGACAUUUUUCAAGAUCCAAUAGCAGUACUAAGACUUGGACAAUGUAGAGUAAAUGAUAAUUUUGAUGAAAUGAAUACUUCACUUAAAUUAGAAAUACCGAAAGAGACUAGAAGUACUAUUGACUUUCAAGGCAAAAGCAAUUGUACAACUUAUGAUGUGGAUAAUGAAAUUUCAAAAAUACAAGAGCACGAAGAUACAAUUAAGGAAUUCAAAAAUUGUGAAACUAUGAAGUGUUCAAGAAAUUAUAUUAAAUUUUCUGGGAAUGGUUUAAAUAUUGUUGAAUACAUAUUACGUGUAUUAACAAAUCUCUUAAUUUCGGUAUCAAAUAAAUUAAAUCUAUUGCAUUCAUCUGAAUGCUCUUUGAAUCUCUCUGUAUCUACAUUCCUCAAUCAGAGACUAUCUUUACCAAAUAUUUUAAUACCUCAACCUGGUAAUGCAAAUAUAGUAUGUGGUAGCUCAAUUUCAGGAAGUUCAAACUCUAACCUUGAUCAGCAAAAAAUUCGUUUGAUUGAUAUUGUAAUUGAAGAUGAUAGGAUAUACAAUAUAACUAAAUUUCAAGAUACAAAAGGUGCACAUACAAGCAAAGUGGUAAAUAUUUCAUCCUCUAUCAACAUAUCAAAUUCUUCACCCAAAUCAUCAUCUGGGUUAACACCAAUUACAGAAUCAAAUCAACAUAGUAAAUCUAAGAAUAUUUUAAAUCAUUCAGCUUCUUCAAACAUAUCCCAAUCAAAUUCUUGGUUAAUAUCUUCAGUUACUAUGAACUCUUUAAACUUCAUAGAAGUUGCCAUUUUAAUUAUUGACUCACAAAUAAGUCUUAUUUCAUGUUUAUUUAAUAUUUCUAGAAUUAUUCUGCAUAAUUUUUCAAAUGAUUUUGAUAAUGUAUUGACUAAUCUAAAGACUAAUAUUUCUAACUAUUUCAAAUUAGACAUAAAAGAGAACUUUGACUCUGUGGUAGAACAAGCAUGGGAUAUCCUAUGUAAAUCAUUUAAAUUUUGUACAAACUUUCAAUUAUUACGUUGGCAUGUAUAUAGAGCAAUAAUGGGGUUAUACGCAGUUGUAAAUUGUUCAAAUGUAAAGGAGAUAUCUUCAAAAAUUAUAGAUAUACUCACAGAUCUACUAGAAUAUGAAAUUAACAAGAUUCCUUCUGAGCAUAUUUCAACUGAGAAGGCCUCUUAUGAAGCAAUAUUAACAGCAUAUAAAUGUAAUCUAUCACUUGCUUAUCAAUAUAGCGAAUAUUUUGAUAUCCAAGAAUGGAGGUACCUCUUUAAACAUAUGCAAGAGAUAGAUGAUAUUUUAGAUUUUGGAUUGGGUCCAAUGAUGACAGAGUCCUCCAACCAAAUGAAAGUAUUGACUGCAGAAUCAACUAUAUUGAAGAUGGCUCAUGAAACACUCUUUACAGAAUCUUUUAGCUGUAUUUCACUUAGCUGUCUUACUAAGCUAGUUAUUGCACUGUGUGAACAAUUGGAAAGUAUAAUAGAUAAUGAAAAAUUCGAUUUUACUCACUGUAGCUAUUUUUUACAUAAAUUGGGACAAAUCCUAAAAAGUAAUCCUGAGAGAUUACUUCCAAUUUGGAAUCAAUAUGUAAUUCCUACUUUAUUCAGAAUUCUAGAAUUUGCUCAAAAUAAAGACUGUAUAUCUCUGAAGUCUCUUGAACAUGUAAAAACCUAUUCUAGUUCAAGGGAUCAUAGUUUAAAUGCUGCAAACUAUAACCCUACUACAUCUAAUGAAAGUAUAUACUUUAAUAUUUGCAACAUGAUCUUAAGCUUUAUGUCUUCAGUUAUUAUUACUGUAUUUGAUACAUUAGGGAAUGAGACUAACGAAAACUGCAGAAAAAAAGUUAAUGGUCAGCUUGGAAACUGUAAUAAUGAAGGAAAAGGUGUAAAUAAAGUGGUAAAUAGUGAUAUUGACUCUUUAACUAGAAAUGGAUUAAGGCAAGAUUUUGAUACAAUAUCUCGCUAUGCCACUUCUGAAGAUAAUGAUCAAAAAUUAAAUACUCAAGAAGUUCAAUAUAAUGAAUUUCUAAGAUUAAAUUCAGAUAUAUCAAGUGUUCAAUCUUUGUUGUUACUUCCUUAUUUUGACUUUCUUAAUAGCUUUCCUCAAUAUGCUUGCAUGUUUUUGAGAUCUUUAUAUGCUAUCUUAUGUGCAACAACUCCAAAAUUGGACCUUUCAGCUUGGACACUGCUUGUCACAACUACUGGAAUUGCUAUUGAGCUAGAUUUUAAAGAUUAUAUUCAAACUAUCAAACUAGAAACAUUAAAUAUAACUGAAGAUACUUGCGUAAUUGAUGGACAUCUUGAAUUUAUUAAAAAUAAAAGUGAAAAAACUAAUGGAAAACUUGGAUUAAAUCAUACAGAGGAACUUGAAAUAUUAAACUCUCUAUAUCCCCUUUUAGAGUUUCUUUGCCUUGAAACUGAAAUAGAUAAUCCUCAAGAUCUGAUAAUCACUUCAGCAUGGCAUCUUUUAAUAUCAUCAAUAGCAGCCUAUGGGAGAGUUCCUAUUUUAAAUGAAGGAGUAGCAUUUCAAGCUGUAAGUCUUUUGUGGAAACUAGGAGAUGUCAUAGGGAGGCGUAGAUUAUUUAAACAAACACCCUCAAAUGAAUCUAACCAUAUUUAUCUCGAAGGUAUUCAAGGAAUUGCUAAACAAAUAGGAAUUCAAGAAAAUAAUGAGCAAAUUUUAGAAGAUGAAUGCGACUCUAAUUGUCUAAGCAGCAGAAAAUUGGAUAAUAUAAAUUAUAUAGAAUGUAAUAGUAAUUGUACUUCAAAAGAAUUACAUACUCAAGAUGAAAUUAUAAAUAGCUCAAAAAAUUCUUCUAUAACUUGUAAUGUAGAAGAUUUCAUAGAAUAUUCAUGCUGUAAGAAUAAACAUGAAAUUUUCAUAUAUAACAUAUCUCGCGUAAAAAUAACUAGAGAUCUUGAAGCAUCUAUUUGGUCAUCAAGUUCUGCUUCUGAAGAGUCUAUUUGGUUACAUCUAAUUCUUCAAUUAAAAAGUUUAUGCAGAGAUACUAGACAAGAAGUUAGAAACUGUGCCCUAAGGAGUUUAUAUUCCGCAUUAAUCAGUCAUUGUAGACAUUUCAACUGGCAACUCCUUGAAUUUGCUAUGAUUAGAACUGUUACUCAUGUAUUAAUGGAGAUUUAUGAAGAAUAUGAUGGAACACUUACAACUAGUUCAAAUAUUUUAAAUAUCCCUAGUGAGAUAAAAGAGAAUGAUUAUGCACUUUUUUGGGAGAGUAGCUUAGAAAUUGCUAUUGAUGGAACUUAUCGUGUAAUUAGGGAAGUUGUUAAGGUUGUUUCAUUCAAUACAUAUAAACAGUGGAUAAACUCACUUUUUUCUAUAUUAAAGUCUAUACUUGUUAGUUCUAAGUUUUCAAACAUUGGAAGAGACAUACAAGUUGUGGCAGCUAAGACUUUAUGUGAAACUUUACUCAUUAUUCCUAGAAAUGCUGGUUCUGACAAUGACCAAUUAUGGGAUACUGGAUUUUCUAUUUAUUGGGGAAUCUGCAUCAAAAUAUUAAAUGAGAGCCAUCAAAUACUAUUAUACCAAAAAGAUAUUGAAGAUAAUAGAAGUAUAACACUAAGCGAAAUAGGCAAAAAUUGCUUAUCUGACAAGUUUGCAGAGGUUCUUCUUCAGUCUGUAAUAGAUAUUUUGACCUAUGUAAUGUUUGAUAAUACCAACAAUUUUUCGAAAAGAGACUUUAACCAGAUAAUUACACUGCUACAUUUAACAAUUGUAAUUAUGACAGCAACUCCUAUGUUCUUAUCGACUGCUACUCCCUUUACAACUGAUAUUAUAAGUGAUAAAGAAUUACAUAACUCUACUCAAAUAAGUUCAUUAGAUUCUACUGCUGAAUAUUUCACUUUAUUUGAGUCUAAAGAUUUAAGUGAUACUCCUAUCGAUGAUUACUAUGGACCAAUUUAUUGGGGAAUAAAACAUAUACCUUUAGCUAUAUGGGGUCAAUCGAGAUUUCUAGAUACCCCUAACUUUAAUUUACUUGCAAAUUCAUCUAAUCUUUACUCUCGUGGUCCUGCUCAGUUACCAACAUCUUUAAUAAUCUUUUCUGAUUCAAACCUUAACAAUUAUUGUGGUAUAAUCUAUCAAUACACUUCACUAUUUGAUUUUCUUACUUCAAGUGACAAUUAUGGUGAGACCUCUUUAGAAGAUCUUCCCAAUGUUCUUUACUUACUUAAAAAUAUCCCAAGCAAAUAUCAAAUUCUAUGGUGGAAAGGUUUGGAAUUUACACACUUAAAUAGUAUACAAAUACCAAAUAAUCAGAAGCCUAUUCAGCCUUCGAAAAAUAAAAAAAAAGUUCAAGGAUUAAAAUCUACGUAUGUCCCAUCUGUAACUAAUUCUAAUGAAAGCUUAUCCUCCAGCCUUAUAUCAAGGAUAAGAUGUUUAUCAACUCCACAAAGUAUGGGUCUGGAAGUAUUAAACGUUUUCCUCAUAUUUAUGCCAAUUCAAAUUCAAAAAAAUAUGUUUAAUUCAAAUCUUCAAAACAAGAAUAACUACAUAAGAGAAAUAUUUUUUUGUAUAAUCAUUGAAAUUAUGGAAUCAUUUUUAAAUCCAGAUAUUGUAUACUUAGAUUCUUCUAAAAUUGGAUUAGCUUGUAAAAUAAUGGCCUUGCUAGUUCGAAGCAAUAGAAAUAGUAUAUUAGCUUGCAUCUAUAACUUUAAAAUAACUCUAGAAUCAGAGGAUUUAAAAAAAAACCAAGCAGAAACUUUAUUUGGAAGAUAUGGAUUAAUUAUCCAAGAAUUCUCUAUACUACCUUUUAUUUUAAAAAAACUUUCUAAAUUAUCAUGUAUAACGAGUCAUACUGGAAAAUUCUGCCUGUGGAUUGCUACAAUAGAAACUAUACUAAGUAUAAUUCAUGAUUGGAUAUCUUUGUUUGCAUACCUUGAUGAAACUGUAGAUAUUAUUGAAACUACGAUACUAGAUAAAGAGGAAACUACCGAAGUCUCAUCUGAAGGAAAUAACAAUAAUAUAAUAAAUAGAGAACAAGUUAAUAAAGUCAUAUUUUCAAGUAAUGUUAAUUUAAUUGAAGAAUUUACUGAGAUAUUAACAAAAGAUAUUUGGCCAGUAAUUGUAGAUACCUUAAAUACACUAUUGGUAAAUAGGUAUGAAACUUCUUACAAGAGUGAAAAUCAAAACCCUUUGGAUUUAUUUCUUGUGAAUACAAUAGUUGAUUGUAUUUUAUCAGUGCAAAGUAAAUUAAAGAAAUCCCAGAAAAGGAGAUUUAGAUUACCAGUAAAAUACUACAAAGUACUAGUUACUAACUUGGAUAACUUCUAUGAAAAUAGCAAAUCAGUACUAGAUCCAAUAGUAAGUAAAUAUAUAUUGGAAAAGCUUUUUGAUAUUUACCAAAGUUUAGAUAGUCAGGACUCUACAUAUAAUUUGGUUGAACCCACAUCAGUAUAUAUCAUACCUAUACUAUAUAAUCGAGUACGCAAAAUACUACAUAAUUUUGCAUUGGAUGAUAUUCAAAAUGGGCUAAGACCUUUACCGCAACAUCGAAUUGAUGAAGUUCAUGUUACUCUAAAUAAACUUCGAAAUCUUAAAGUUAACCAAGCCAAUAUUAGAACUCAUAACCAAGAAACUAGAUAUAAUCAACAUAUUGCUGAUCUUUAUCCCCAGCUUAUUGAAUGCAUUUCAUGUAAAGAUCUAGGUAUUCGUCAACAUCUAAAAAAGGUAUUGUUGAAACUUAUGGAUUUACAUGAAUAA